GCCCCACUAUGGCCUUGAUUGUCACCUGGCCACGCCCAUGGCCCCACCCACAGCUCCAUCUAUGGCCUCGGUUGUCACCUGGCCACGCCCAUGGCACCACCCACAGCUCCAUUUAUGGCAUUGCCUGCUGUUUGGCCACUCCUUUAGCCCUGCCCUCUGCUCCAUUUAUGGCAUUUCCUGCCAUUCGGCCACUGCUAUAGCCCCGCCCUCUGCUCCAUUUAUGGCAUUUUCUGACGUUUGGCCACACCCCUAUCCCUGCAUUUUGCUCCAUUUAUGGCAUUGCCUGAUUGGCCACGCCUAUAGCCCCGCCCUUUGCUCAAUUUAUGGAAUUUCCUGCCAUUUGGCCACUGCUAUAGCCCCGCCCUCUGCUCCAUUUAUGGCAUUGCCUGAUGUUUGGCCACACCCCUAUCCCUGCAUUUUGCUCCAUUUAUGGCAUUGCCUAAUUGGCCACGCCUAUAGCCCUGCCCUCUGCUCCAUUUAUGGCAUUGCCUGCAGUUUGGCCACGCCUAUAACCCCGCCCUCUGCUCCUUUUAUGGCCUCUCCGCGCCUUGGCCACGCCCAUCCCGCUGCAACUCCAUCUAUGGUAGAGACCACGCCCAUCUCCCAUACCCGCCACGCCCAGGCCCCGCCCCUUCCUGCCGGCGCAGGAGUUGUGCGUCAGAGCGCGAUGGCGGCGCCGGGGGUGUCGAAGGCCGAGUACCUGCGGCGGUACCUGAGCGGCCCCGCCGAGCCCGCCCAGCCCCGCCGCCGCCGCCGCAAGAAGAAGCCGCCGGGCGGCACCGCCAGAGGCGGGAUGCGGAUCGUGGAUGACGAUGUGAGCUGGAGCAGCAUCGCCGCCGCCCCGGAGAAGGAGGAGGAGGAGGACGAAGGGGACAUGCCUGUGGUGGCAGAGUUCAUCGAUGAGCGCCCCGAGGAGGUGAAGCUCAUGGAGGAAUUCCGAACAAACUCCAAAUGGAAGCUCCUAGGAGAUGAGGACUCGCAGAGUUCGGAUAUUUCGGGACCUGCCAAGUCUGCCACGAGGCGGCGGCGCCACGGCUCCCCAGAGGCCUCGGGCCCGGCCGGGGAACACAACGGCUCCUUGGAGCUCAGUCCUCCGAGACGGCGGCGUCACGACACGCCAGACGUGUCACCUCCCAGGAGACAGCGUCACGACACGCCAGACGUGUCACCUCCCCGGAGACAACGUCACGACACGCCAGAUCUGUCACCUCCCAGGAGACAGCGUCACGAUACCCCUGACAUGUCACCUUCCAGGAGACAACGUCACGAUACCCCUGACAUGUCACCUUCCAGGAGACAACGUCACGACACCCCUGACAUGUCCCCUCCCAGGAGACAACGUCACGACACCCCAGAUCUGUCACCUCCCAGGAGACAGCGUCACGACACCCCUGACAUGUCACCUCCCAGGAGACAGCGUCACGACACCCCUGACAUGUCACCUCCCCGGAGACAGCGUCACGACACCCCAGAUCUGUCACCUCCCAGGAGACAACGUCAUGACACACCAGAUCUGUCACCUCCCAAAAGGCAGCGUCGUGAUUCCCCAGAUCUGUGCCCUCCCCGGCGGCGGCAGCGUCACGAUACCCCCGACCCCUCACCUCCCAGGCGACAGCGUCACGACACCCCAGACUUGUCACCUCCCAGGAGACGACGGCCUGGCACCCCAGAUCUGUCACCUCCCCGGCGGCGGCAGCGUCACAACACCCCUGACCCAUCCCCUCCCAGGAGACAGCGUCACGACACCCCUGACAUGUCACCUCCCCGGAGACAGCGUCACGACACCCCAGAUCUGUCCCCUCCCCGGAGACAGCGUCACGACACCCCAGAUCUGUCCCCUCCCAGGAGACAGCGUCAGGAUUUGUCACCUCGGAGAGAGAAGCCGGGGUCCCCGAGUGGGAAGAAGAGCCAAACGAAAGGACGGACCCCGCCCGCCCAGAAGGACCAGCACAGGUCACGGAGCCCCCCGGGGCACUCCCCGCGUCGCCAGGAUGCCAAGGGCUCUCCCAAGAAGGCCAGCACGAUGGCAUCCGGGGGCAGAGCUGGCCUGGUGUCGGCCGAUGUGCUGCAGAGGGAGAAGCAGGAGCUCCGCAAGCACGACAGGAGCACCAGGCACCUGGAAGAGGAAUCCCGGAACGCUCAGACCGUGUUCCGAGACAAGUCCGGCCGCAAGAGGAACCUGGCCCAGGAGCAGCUGGAGCAGAGGCUGAAGGCUGAGGCAGAGGCCAAGAGAGAAGAGCAAUAUGCCAAGUGGGGAAAAGGGCUGGCGCAGGAGAGGCAGCAGCAGCAGAACGUGGAGGAUGCAGUCAAGGAGAUGCAGAAGCCCUUGGCCCGGUACAUCGAUGACCAGGACCUGGAUCGAAUGCUGAGGGAACAGGAGAGGGAAGGAGACCCCAUGGCCGCUCUCAUCAAGAAGAGGAAGGCCAAGGAGAACAAGGAGAAAGAAAAACCCAGGUACAAGGGACCAGCACCUCCACUCAACAGGUUUAACAUCUGGCCCGGGCAUCGCUGGGACGGCGUGGACAGGUCCAACGGCUUCGAGCAGCAGCGCUUCGCCCGCAUUGCCAACAAGAAGGCAGUGCAGGAGCUCGCCUACAAGUGGAGCGUGGAGGACAUGUAGGGCAGAGCUCCUGCAGUGCCCCACAGGCAGCACCCUCUGCCAGAGCCCCGAGGAAUGGCCUGUCCUCCCUGGAGCAAGCCCCGUGCUCGGAUUCAGCAGCCCACUGGACCAUCAUCCGAGAGGCAAGGCUGGCUUUUCCCAGCAGCCAGAGCCUCCAGCUCUCUGGGGAGGACGCCGCUUUCUUGUUUGUUUUCUAACAAACUUCUGUUCUACACCAAAUGCUUUGACCUCUGAGGGCAGUUCCUAAGACUUCAGGUGUCCUAAAUCUCAGGUGAAAAUCUGCUGAACGCUUGGGCUUGGGCUAGCUACCCUCAUGCAGUUGGUCAGUCUGCUCCAGAACUCAGGUUAAGUGGAACUUCUGAACUUUUGUCAAGCUUAUGCAGUUAUUUUGCCACGUUGAUCCCAGAGUCACCAACGUGCAGGAAAGUUCAAACUCGGCUUCUCCUGACUUUGUCCAAACAAGAAACUGAGCAGGGAAUGCUCUGGCACAGGAGGAGCGACCUGCAGUGCUGCACUGGGCAGCAAGAUCUUCAGGAGCCUCAGCAAUUCUUCAGGGCUCUGUUUCUAGUGGAAGUAAAUGUGUGGAGAAUUAGGACUUAAGGCCUGGAAUUGCUUCUCUCCUAGUUUGGAGCAGCUGGUCCCCCCCAGACCCCUCUGGAUUUGGGGCUGAUCUCGGCACUUGGCUCGCUCCGGUGGGAGGUGUAACAACCCUUCUCCUGUGGUCAGAUUUGUCAGUCUCAGAGCUGGAGGCCGGGCAGAGCUUCCCUUAAUCCCCUGUGUGCCAGAAAAAGCACUUGUGGAAAUAAAUGCAGUUGUUCUUGCUGAGGUCCCGGGGAGCAGGGAUGAAAUGCAGGCAGCAGUUUCCAUGGAGAUGCCGGGGCUGCAGCAGCGGGCAGGGGCAGGGCAGGAUCGCUCUUUUCAGGGAUUCUCCAGCACUGGGAGGGCCGUGGGUGGGAGGGACAGCAGCACAGUCUGCUCUGGAGUGCCAGACUCUUGGGACUUCCCUGUUUUUCAUCCCUGUGUCACAUUUGCAGCGACCCUGGAAUUGGUGUGUUCACCUGUAAAUAAAACCUUUCUUUUUUUACUCGA